AUGUAUCAGAAGAGGUUGAAAAAAGAACGGAAGCAACGACAACAAAUGCAAGAACAACUAGAGCUCGAAUUGAAGAGACGACAGAAGAUUGAAGAAGCUUUGAAGCAGUCUGGGGCACCUUCGGAAAUACUAAGAAUAGUUACAGAGAAUCUGACACCGCAGUCGCAAGAAAACCGGCCGGAGAGGGAAAACGGUACUGAGAGCAAGCCACCGAGUACCGAACCGCCGACCACCUCACCGCCUUUCCAACGAGAACCACCAAGGACUCCAGACAAGCCCCAGUGGAACUACCCACCACCGCCAGUGGACAUCAUGAGCGGAGGAGCUGCCUUUUGGCAAAAUUACUCUGAAUCAUUGGCGCAGGAGUUGGAGAUGGAGCGCAAAUCCAGACAACAAGCCAUGGAGCGUGACGUCAAGAGCCCGCUAUCAGACCGCGCCGGCUAUUACAAGAACUCAGUUCUAUUCAGCUCAGCUACUUAG